ACACACACACACACACACGUGCAGCAAAGGUGCGGCCAAAGCUCAGAUUAUCAGGUGGCUGUUUUUUCAUUGUGCUGCUGGGAAAAUCCUGAUUACUGAUGUGUGUGUGUGUGAGAGACUGUUUGUAGGUUAGUGAAAGAUUUCUGUGGCCAAAGAUAAGAGGAUUAUUGUGGAAUUAGUGUCAUUCCUCUAUCACCACGACGAAUAGAUUCAUAUCGAUUUUAAUCAGCGAUGGAACCACAAAACCGCAGACCAAAGCCGACAGAUCCAGAAGGAGGAACGAGCAGACCGGAGCUGAGGACUGAAUAGCUGCCCUGCAGAGCUGUGAGGAAAACUUCCACGUCUCUGGCUUUUCGUCUCGGAGGUCCAGCCGUAUCCCGGAGGCAGCGGCUUCGAUGUGGUCGCCCUGCCAGGGGCUGGAGGGGGAGCAUGGAGCUUGAUGUGGUGGAGAUGCUGGAGUUGCAUCCGCUCCUUCAAAGAAAUCUGUGAGCAAUGAAGGUGGACGCGAUGAGCUGCCUGGCUCUGGCUGUGGCCAGCUUCGUUGCCAUAGCGACUGCCGGUCGCAGCACCAGCCGCAGGAAGCACAAAGAGGUCUUCCUCGGGGAGAAGAGCAAGUUCAAGUUUGGCGGGCGCAUUGACUAUAAGCUGAAGAGGCAGGACAGCACCAAAACACUGUUGAUCAAAAGUGAACAACUGCUGAGGAUCGAGGAGCAUGACUUCGCAAUGAGGCCGGGCUUUGGAGGUGCAGCCAUCCCCGUCGGCAUCGACGUGCAAGUGGAGAGCAUCGACAGCAUCUCCGAGGUCAACAUGGACUUCACCAUGACUCUGUACCUGCGGCACUACUGGAAGGACGAGCGGCUGUCCUUUCCUUCCCGGACCAACCAGAGCCGCACCUUUGACUCUCGACUGGUGAAGAAGAUCUGGGUCCCCGACGUCUUCUUCGUCCACUCUAAACGCUCCUUCAUCCACGACACCACCAUGGAGAACAUCAUGCUGCGGGUUUACCCGGAUGGAAACAUCCUCUACAGCGUCAGGGUCACGGUGACGGCGCUCUGCUCCAUGGACUUCAGCAGCUUCCCUCUGGACACGCAGAACUGCUCGCUGGAGCUGGAGAGCUACGCCUACAACGAGAACGACCUGAUGCUGUACUGGAAGAACGGGAACGACUCCCUGAGGACGGAUGAGAUCGUCCUGUCUCAGUUCUUCAUCGAGCAUUUCCACGCCUCCAGUGGCCUUGCCUUCUACAGCAGCACUGGUUGGUAUAACCGCCUCUUCAUCAACUUCAUCCUCCGGCGGCACAUCUUCUUCUUCAUGCUGCAGACUUACUUUCCCACCAUGCUCAUGGUGGUUCUCUCCUGGGUCUCCUUCUGGAUCGACAGGAGGGCAGUUCCUGCACGGGUGUCUCUGGGUAUGACCACGGUGCUCACCAUGUCCACCAUCAUCACAGGUGUCUCCUCCUCCAUGCCGCAGGUGUCCUAUGUGAAGGCCGUGGACAUCUACCUGUGGACCAGCUUCCUGUUUGUCUUCCUCUCCGUCAUUGAAUACGCAGCCGUGAACUACUGCACCACUCUGGAGGAGAUGAGGAAGAUGAGGAGGGGGAAGAUUCCGUCCACCUUCGAUGCCAGCCAAGCCAUGGCCUUUGACGGGUGUUUCCAUGACAACGACAUCGAGCUCACAACUUUCACUCGGAUGGCGCCCACGCUGACCUCUAACCCGCUGACCACGCCCACCCAGAGCUCAGACAUCCGGGCCCCAGAGGGCACUCGUCUGCGGCGGCAGAGGUCCGUGCGGGAGAACGUGGACCUGCUGGUCAACAACAGCUACAUGAUCGACUCGUACUCGCGCCUGGCCUUCCCCCUGUCCUAUCUGCUCUUCAACACCAUCUACUGGAGCCUGUACUCCUGAUUGAUGCAGCGCUGGCACUGCCAGCAGGGUAGAGAGCGGAACGCCGCAGGUUCGAGCUCCAAGCUGCUGAAAGGGGAGAUGAAAUGACCGGAGUUCCAGGCGUUUUAGUACUUAGAAGCAUGACAGGGAUUUCACUUUUAUGUCUCAGCCAAAACCAACUGAAACCUGUCUUCACAGGAAGAAACGACUGUGGCUUUGACAGUGUGAAGAAACAAAGUUCUCAAAUACACUCAGUCAGGUUUUUAUCACGCUGGAGUUCCUGACUUCAACAUUCGAUUGGACUACGAGGCGUGACGGUUUGCAGAGAAGCUGAAUGCUUUUUACUGCAGCGAUCUCCUGCUUCAUGUUUUGGACCAGAGCUCCACAAGUUUUAGUUUUCUUUACUGUCAACUUUCUUUUGACUUUGUCUCCUGGUCCACAAAAAAAUUCUGCAGCCUGUGUCAUUUCUGCUGAUGGAUUCAGUUUGUGUUCCUUCAUUCUCAACACUCGACACAUUUGGUCAAUGGUCAACCUCAGGGUCCAACUCAGGAGGAUCCAUCAAAAAGACAGAAGAUGACACACAAACAUUCCAGCUGCUGCAGAAAUGCUGGAUGUGGGCUGGAAGGUGGAGGAGCAAACUUUGGGAUCUGAAGCUCCAACGGUUUCUGCAAAACUGGAAGGCAGGAUGCUGAGUCAGGACUCUAACAUGAAUCCCGCUGACACAGAGUUCAGCUGUCUUUGGUCCAACUGGUGCUGUAAUAAAAUCAGCUGCAUUUGGCUCUAAUGAUGUCCGUAAGGCUUUGAAUCUCGCUGCAGCUCGUUGGCGAGUCUUUGAGCCGGCUGCCUUCUGUUCAGGGCCUGCCUGGCGUUUUUCUAUGAAGGCUGCUCUUGGACUCCUCCCACUUUAUGUAUGCACCAGAGCAGCGCAGAAAGCCACGCCCUUCACUCAGGACUCUCUGUUUCCACCAGCAAGCUCAGUUUAAAACGGGACAAAUGUGACGAAUGACUUCCAUGUCUGCCUGAAACUGAAGACCGGAAUGUCCCAGAAGGAAUUUAAAGUCUGUAAAAACACUCAAACUUUCUGUUUUACUUUCUAAUUUAUAUUUGUGAUACUGUUUUUAAGAAUGCUCUCCUGCUGGUGAUACUUUAUGUCAGAUUUCAUCCAAAUAGUUAUUAUUUUAUCUCAAAUAAAACUAAACUCUGGCAGAAUAAAAUGUAACAUUGAAAGAAUCAA